CGGCUAGGAGGGAAAGGUGGUCACCCAGCCGAGGCAGAGAUACGGGAGGUGGAGGAUUCUGGAGGUGACAGCAAGGAGAGUACGCAAACGGGAAGGGCAGCUGAAGCGGGUCCCGCGGCUCCCGUGUGGACGCCGGGCGGGCAGCAGAGAGGAAGGGAGGGCGGUGCGGCGGAGCUGCAGGCAAGACCCGCCGGGGCGGGGGGAGCCAUGUCUCGCGAGCGGCCCCCCCGCACCGAUAUACCCCGCAACCUGAGUUUCAUCGCCGCUCUGACCGAGCGCGCUUACUACCGCAGCCAGCGGCCCAGCUUGGAGGAGGAGCAGGAGGAGGAGCCUGGCGAGGGCGGGACGCGGCUCGGGGCCCGAUCCCGCGCUCAAGCUCAUAGCCGGGGCCGCCGGGCCCGUUCGGCGCCUGCUGGAGGCGGAGCAGCCCGGGCGCCCCGCAGCCGCAGCCCCGAUACCCGCAAGAGAGUGCGUUUCGCCGAUGCGCUGGGGCUGGAGCUGGCUGCCGUGCGCCGCUUCCGCCCCGGAGAGCUGCCCCGGGUGCCUCGCCACGUGCAGAUCCAGCUGCAGAGGGACGCCCUCCGCCACUUCGCGCCGUGCCAGCCCCGCGCCCGCGGCCUCCAGGAGGCGCGCGCCGCCCUGGAGCCGGCCAGCGAGCCCGACUUCGUCGCCCGCUUGCAGGCGCAGCGCAUCUGCUUGGAACGCGCCGAGGCGGGCCCGCUGGGCGUGGCCGGGAGCGCGCGCGUGCUGGACCUGGCGUACGAGAAGCGCGUGAGCGUGCGCUGGAGCGCCGACGGCUGGCGGAGCCAACCCUUCCGCCUGCCCGCGCCGCCCAUCGGGGGCGCCCUGCUUUUCGCCCUGCGGUACCGCGUGACCGGCCACGAGUUUUGGGACAACAACGGCGGCCGUGACUAUGCUCUUCGUGGGCCGGAGCACCCGGGCGUUAGCGGAGCCCCGGAACCCCAGGGCUGGAUUCACUUUAUCUGAGACUACUGCGGCCGACGGCGGCAGGCGCAAAAGGCGCUGGAGGGCCGGGACAGCCCGAAGAUGUGGCGGGGAGGAAUGGGAGAAACCGAGACUGGCAGGGACUGCCCAAGAAAGCCAAGUGGUGGAGGGAGAAACCAAAGGGGUAUGGGAGUGGGCGGAAUCAAAAAAAGCCGGGGAUGUUGGGGUGGCAAACACUGGUGGGAAUGAGUGGAAGGAGCCCGCAGCAUAGACAGGAGACCGAAAGGGCGCCAGAAGAUGAGGGAAAACGCAAAAUAAUGGCGGUGAUGACAUUCUCUUCCACGAGAGGGUCCCCCAGGCCGAGGCAGUGAGGUUAGGGUACCUCUUUGAGGCAGAGGUAUUUUUGUGUGAAGUAGCUACCAGAUUGAAUGGCUCAUUCCCUCUGGCGAUGCCACCUCAAGUCCACCAGCUCUGCCUGUCCUAGCUUUAGGCCUGCCAUAACUGCCCUGCUUAGGCCCCAGGAACUUGCAUUAUGACAGGAUUCCCUUGUCUCCUCUCCUGGACCCCAGGCAGCCCUGUGGAUUGAAAUGAAGGCAAAGCCAACGCCAGGUUUCUUGUAGCCAAAUAAUACUGUGUCUAAGGGGGUUGCUACACUCAGGGGAUUCCAGAAAAGUGCCAGCUUUACUUUUCUGGGGUGCCUUUUAAUGACCUCUUAAGCACUUUAUGGAUUGUAUUUAUUAUUUAUCAAGAGACAGUGAAUCAGGGAAAUAUUCUUUCUGCCUAAGAAGGAAGAAUCACUGACUAGCUGUAUAACUUGGGGCAAUUUAGUUUGCCUUUUGGACCCCAGUUUCCUCUUUGGGAAGUUGGAAUUCGAAGAGGUGACCUUCGGACAUUUUGUGGUCUGUGAGUGGUAGCAUGUUGAGGAGAAGCCAUGUUUUCCAACCUACAGUUGGAAUGAAGUAGUUCAGAACACACAGCACCUCCUGCUCCCCCAGCAUCUGGUUGGGGCUGAGUUUUUGACUCUGAAGCGCCAAAGCCCAGGAAGCAUCCCAUAACAAGCAUGCAGCCUCAAAAUCUUUACUCCAGGACUUCUUUCAAACCACAGCUUAUCUUCUGUGCCUUGCUUUUUGUUCUUGCCCCACAGCCUGUUUGAGGUGAGAUAUCUUUGAGGAAGUGCAUCUCUGUUGGGGGAAAUGGCCUUUGGGAGCCCCAAAGAUAAACAGAGGUAAUGUUGGGGAUAUCUUGAGGAUAAAGGAUAAAGUACAAGAAGUGGAGAACCUCUCAAGAAUCAAAGCAACCUGAAAAUUAGAUGGCACCAGAAGAUGGCAUUCUGCUUAGCCUGAGCAAAUGAAAUGAGAAAGCUGGACUCCUACUCAUUCACAUUCAAGCCUUACAGUGCUCUCAGUUAACCUGAACGUGAGAGUUACUUAUCUGCUGGUUGUCUGAUUUUCCUGUGCUCUUGCCCUAUUCAUAAGCUCUUUGCUUUCUCUUUCCUUGUCCAUCUCAUUACUUUCAUCAUUUUUCUUUAAGCAUCUAGGGUAUUUACCUUCAUUUUCUCUAUUUCCAUUUGCCUCACUCUUCAUCCUUGUUGAUCUCUCCUAUUCCUUCUCCCUUCAGAAGGGCUGGAGAAACUACUUCCUUUCCUCCAAGACCAUGGUUGAGCCACCUUCCUCUCUCAGGCUCCUUGACAGUCUUCUAGAAGGGAGAAGAGGGAAAAGAAGCAGAUCCUGAUGCUGCAGAUGAACAAGGAGCUCCCAGGUAACCAGCUCCCCACACCCUUUUCUAUCUGCUGUCAGUUUCUCAAAGAAUAAUAUGUGGAUUCCCCUCUUCCUUUCCACUAAAUGAGAGAAUGUGUGCACCCACACAUGCAUUCAAAAUUGCACAUAGGGCGUGUUACCAUGCCCCUCCUCUCCAAAGCCUUAAUCCUUUGAAGAAAGGUGACUGAAAAGAACAUGGAGUCAUUCUGCAAAUGACCAAAUAACUAAACACCAUCCUUACCUGUCGAAGAAAACAGAAUUUCAUACAGCUUGUGCAUCACUGUCAAGUCAGUUCCAGCAGAGUGAAGAAAUACUGGAAACCACCAAGCACUGCACUUUUUAUUCAAGAGCCCAAGAGAGAAUAAUGAAAGGAAAAAUAGGUUGAGGUUCUGUGUGUAAUAAUUUCUUGCCUAAUGGGUAUGUUACUGCUGCUACGCUGUUUUAAGAAUAGUGAUAGCUCACGCUUAUUAACAUUUGGCACCUUAUUGUCCUAUGAAUUGAAUAAUGUACUUGCCAUUUUAGACGUAAGGAAACAGAAAAGCUUAGGAAUUUAUUAUCGUAAUAGCAGGUUAACAUCAGAGCUAGGAUGGGGAACCCAGGAUCUUCAGGGCCUCUACUCUGUUCUAUCUUUUUCAUCUAAAUGUACGAUUUAAAACCUUGCUAUAUGUCAUCUAUUACCAGGAAAAGACUAGAUUCUAAUUGUGCUCUGCCUUCCUAUCCUCCCAGUCUCCGGAUCUGGCUGGAGAAAGCAAGCACUGGGGGUCCCGAGCUUCAUCUGCUUCUCCCAGGAGCUUGCUGCUGUCUCCUGCCAGUGUCCCAGCUCUGCAGGAUCAGCAGGGGACCACAAACCUGCCUGCUUGAGAACACAUUUCAGGGUCAACCUUUCUAUACACUGGGAUGUUCUGGGCACAGCCAUCCCUCCACAGCUGUCAAUGCAUUGUGUGUGCCUCUUCCCACUCCCCCCACAGACUUUGAACAGGCCAGCUCCCUAAGAUUUUUGCUGGCACCUAAAAUAGGACAAUUGCUGGAUGCUCUGUGUUUGGCCAUCCCUGGGAGCCCUAGUAUUGAGUGGGUCAGUGUAAACUGGUUGAGGGAACCAGUGAUAAUCCCCUGUGCCCUGCUUUUUCCUUGUAAGUGCCAUGGCUCACCAUGACCACAUUCUCAGCUUUGUAGAACGAGCAUGAAUCUUCUGGUUCUUCCUCUGUAGAGCUCUGGGGGCAAACUAAGUCUGAUAUGCAUGGGAAACACUGAGUUUGGUGGAAGCUUUAGAGAUGUGCUAGGCAUGAUGGUGGGGACUUUCUUCUUCAGGCUGAUGAUUACGUAUAGCGGUUUGAGAAAAAAAUGUAAGGCACACCCUGGGAGAAACUAUAAUUACCAUGGUCAAUAGCUUAAGUCCUUGAAGCAACACAGGAACGCUUUCAUCCAUACCGCAGAUGUCUUCCACCACUUACUGUCUCAGGCUUAAUCUUGUUCCUUUGUUUCGCUUUAACUGUAGCUCAUUCUCUUCAUAAUGAGCCCUCACACCUGCUUUUCCCAUUUUAACUACACAUUCCCUUGUUUUGAGCAUCAGUGUUUCUGUGGCACUCCUCUGGAUCCUCUCACUCUGCAGAUUAUAUAGUAGAGUCAGAAACCUGCUGACCAGGCUUGUCUUUGAGAUCACUGAAUCUGGGCUCCUCUACAUGAGAGGUGCAGAGAUGUGAAGUGACUUCAGCAGGGUCAGAAAGUCUGCUAGUGCUGCUUGAGGUAGAGCUCAUUCCCAGGCUGUGGAACAGGCCUCUAUCCAGUGAGAUCCAAUACCAUCAGGAAUGUUUCAUUUCUGCAACUAGUUUCCAUUCCACACCCCCACCCCCAACCCCACCCAGCCAUUCUGGCAUAAAGAGAGACAAAAGGGACUGGUUGGGUUUUUUGUUGUUGUUUUUAAUGUGUCCUCUGCCUUGCACUUUGGGUUAUCUUAUUAAAGAACAGUGACUUUCAUUAAAAGACCAACUGAAUAGCUAACCUGGGGAGGAAAUCAAAGUUUGCUAUGUGAACCCCAAAAGACCACUGUACCAUCAGGGAAUACCCCCUUCACAGUGCAGCCCUAUCACUGGGAACAAACUCACUGUGCCUAACUUCAGCUUCUUCAUAUGGCUGCCCUUCCUUCUUGAUGAAAGAUCUCAUACAUGUAUUUGAAAUAAAGCUGAAACAUAAAUGAAUAAAGUAUAUUGUAAGAUACUGGACAGUAUUGUUUGUUUGGGAUUGAGGGUGGAAAGAGACCCAAAGGCAAGAUGUUACACAACCCACUUUUUCUUGGUUAUUUCAUUUCUUAAAGCUUUUAUUUCCUGUCUGCUGGGAUCUUCUGGCUAUACAAAAGUUGGGUAGGAAGGUUUUUCCAGGUGGCACAACAGGUUAAAGUGUAGCACUACUACAGUCACUUCAACACAAGUUUCA